UAUUUUUCUGGAAAGUAGAACUACAUCUAGGGUACCCCUGAGUCCCGCGCGAUGAGUGCAGUGCCUCAUGAAAGCCAAGUGGGGCUGAUGAAAAAUGAAGACACUUCUGAUCCAACUCCGAAAAUUGCUCUGGUGGAGGAAGCUGAGCGUCCCCUCACCCGCCGUCAACUUGUUACUGUCUCCGUUCUGUGUUUUGUCAAUCUCAUCAAUUAUAUGGACCGGUUCACAUUGGCCGGCAUUUUGACGGAUUUACAAUGUUACUUCAGCAUAGGCAACGAUGAAGGCGGGCUUUUGCAAACCGUAUUUAUAUUGAGCUACAUGAUUUUUGCUCCUUUAUUCGGGUAUCUCGGCGAUCGUCAUUCUAGGAAGAUCAUCAUGUCUUUGGGAGUUUUUUUAUGGAGUCUAACAACGUUGAUCGGAUCAUUUAUGACCGGUUUUGGGUGGUUCAUUUUCUUCCGAGCAAUGGUUGGUAUUGGCGAGGCAAGCUAUUCAACCAUAGCCCCUACCAUAAUCUCAGAUAUGUUCGUCAAAGACAUGCGAUCGAGGAUGCUGGCGUUGUUUUAUUUUGCAAUCCCGGUGGGCAGUGGACUUGGCUAUAUCACCGGCUCAAAAAUGCGAGAAAUGUUCGGGGCUUGGCAGUGGAGCCUUCGAGUUACUCCGGCUAUGGGCAUGUUGGCGAUAAUCUUCAUAAUUUUCUUCAUGGAUGAUCCCCCUAGAGGCGAAAGUGAAGGUGCACAUCUGCAAACAACGUCGUGGGGACAAGACAUCAAAGCCUUGUGCAAGAACGCAAGUUUUAUGCUUUCCACUGUCGGUUUCACUUGCGUUGCGUUUGUUGCUGGAGCUCUGGCGUGGUGGGGCCCUAAAUUCGUUGCCCUUGGAAUGGCAGCUCAAGGAAAUACUGAUGUUAGCCGUGAAAAUGAUGUUGCUUUCAAGUUUGGUCUGAUUACGAUGAUCUCGGGAAUUCUUGGUGUACCCCUCGGCGCCUUCAUCGCCCAGAAAUUGAGGCCAAAGUGGGAUAAAACGGAUCCGAUGGUUUGUGCAAUUGGCUUGCUGCUGUCGGCACCCUUUCUUUUCUUUGCGUCUAUUUGUGCCGAAUAUAAUACUCCUGGAACUUUCGCUCUUAUAUUUUUUGGGGAAUUGUUCCUAAAUCUCAACUGGUCUGUGGUAGCGGAUAUUUUGUUGUAUGUAGUGAUUCCUACAAGGAGAUCGACUGCAGAAGCUUUCCAAAUCCUAAUUUCUCAUGCGUUUGGCGAUGCAGGGAGUCCUUAUCUCAUUGGGCAGGUUUCGGAGAUCGUGAAAGAAUCCUACGGUAGUGUUGCUUCAAAACGUGUGGAAUCUGCUACGAAUGCUACAUCAUGUGGAGGGUUUCCCUCUGUUUCAUCCACGAAUCCAGUCGUCGACUUUCGCAGUCUGCAGUAUGCCUUGUUCAUCUGCGUUUUUGUGGAAGUGCUCGGUGGGCUGUUCUUUGUGAUGAACGGCUGGUUUAUCAAGAACGACCGAGAUCAAGUGCAGCGAGUCAUUGCUGCAGGAACGGAAACCAGCAGUAGCGGGAGCUCAAACGACGUUGAAGCCGAAAGAGGGCGCCACUCGUCGGGGUCGAGAAUGCCGCCAAAUUUCGGAGCGCACGACGAAUCCGAAGACAGCCUCAUCACUACGACGGGCCGUCGCGAUGACAACACCUAGGGAUGGCUCAACGACGUUGUGGCUGGUCUGGACCCCUGCAGCGUCCCCAUCCUAUGACGUCACUGUGAUCUUAUUGCCACGUGUUCAAUAACUCUGCAACACGUCCCGUAUCCCGCCAAAACAUUUCCCUGUGCAUACCGAGGGCGUGUAUUCAGUCCUGGUUGUACUCAAUGGAUCCGUUUGGAAGAGGCUGAUCACGCGUUUACACUCGAUCUUCCCGCGUGCGUUCGUUGAACCGUGUCAUCUUGCAAUGCUUGAAAUUAUACUACGCUUGAAAUAAGUAUAAACUCCGAAGUUCCAAUAUGAAUUUGGGACAGAUGUCGAAGGAUGUAAGUGAAAGCCACGUAAUCUAUUCGUUGAUCUCCGCGUGAAUUCUAUACACAGCACGUGGGCGUUGCUGGUCGAACGAACAACAUUUUCUCCCCGGGAUUCUGAUGAGUUUGAGUAAUAAUACAGUUGAACCUCUUCAUGUCGAACCGCGUGUCUUACAAUGCUGGAAAUUACACUAUGCUUGAAAUUAUGGCUCCAAAAAGGAUUUGAGAUUGAUGUCGAAAGAUAUAAGUACUGUAUAAGCCAUGUAAUUUAUUUAUUUAUCUCCGCGUGAGUUCUUGGCACGACGAAGACUACUGUUUCCCCGGAUUUACGAGUAAUGCAGUUGAACGUCUUCAAGUCGAACUUCAAGGGACCAGCGAAAAAAAAUUCAACUUCGGAAGGUUCGGGAAACCGCCAUAUUUUGCUGGAUGUGAAAGUAAAGAAUAGCAAGAAAUUGUAAAUUAGUGAUCUUUUGGGCCUUAACCUGCUUCUUGCAUCAGUUGACAGGAUGCUGAACCUCUAGGUAAGGGUUCAUUUUCCCGACUAAUCGCCACUUUUUCAUAGUUUUUUUAAAGCUCCGAGUAACUUUUUAUUCAUUUCCGAAGUAACCGAUAAUAAUACUAAAAAUGCCUCUUGAAACUCGAUGCAUUUGAGUUGAAGAGGUUUAUAAUGCAUUUUUCUUGUAAGAUCUCAGACGGGUAAAAAAAAAACACCGAAAUUGGAGGGUUUUUUUCACUUGGGGAGGUUCGAGUUAUUGAGGUCCAACUGUAUUUUCCCUUAACUCUGCUGUUUAUUGCAGUAUAAUCAAGUACUUCAUGUAUCUUGGAAAUGGUUCGACGAGAGAUUUUCGCCGGAAGGAAGCUUGUUUCUUCCAAGCGAAACAUUUCCUGAAGUGAAGUGUGGACUUAAUUAUAAUCCAAGAUUACGUGGUAAUCACUAUGUAGGGCAAACGAGGCUAUACUGUACUGCAGUACAUUAGGGCAGCUACUUUUUUUUUUGUGUCGUGGUUGUUUCCAUCCGUGUUCAAAUUAUUGCUCUUCGUCUAACCUGUUAUGAAACAGGCGGGGUUCUGAGAAUAUUGAAUUUUGUAGCACGUUAAUCCCUUUUUUUCGGCAUUUGGGUUUCAAAGUUUGAAGGUUUGAGUGCUGUUUUUUUUUUGCGCUAGGGAAGCUUAUUCUUUGUUGAAGUUUUUUCAAAUUAAUUUAUUGAGUUGGAGGUUGAUCACGAAAGUUGAAUGCUCACGCCGUGAUGGUUCUGAGAACCUUGAAUUUCGUUGCACGCGGUAAUCCCUUCUCUCGGCGUUUUGGGUUUCGAAGUUUGAAGGUUUGAAAAUGCUGUUUUUGUGGCGCUAAGGAUGCUUUUUUGUUGAAAUUGUUCCAAAUUAAUCUAUUGAUUUCGAGAUUGAUCGCGGAUGUUAAAUGCUCACGCCGACGUGAUGGAAUACUGUCGUUGUAUAGGGCGUGACACGCAUUCCAGUUCAUCCACGUCAGGAACGUGUAAUUGAAUAUUCCCGUGCUGCUUUUUGUGGUUGUAGGUGCCCACGGGAUUUCUAUAGCUUUUAGUUUGGCGUACUCAAGUUGAAAUUGAGGUAAUCGAGUCAAGUAUUAAAUGUGAGAUUUUGACGCGUGACCGGUCUGGUACGGGGGCUGUGGGGAAUCCAAGCAAGGCUUUUUGUCUAUUGAUAUAUGAUGAAAACCACCUGACCGGUGAUUGAAAUGAGAAAAGACUGCUGUUGCUUGGGAAGAAUGAAAUGUCAACUAUGGCAUCUGAUA